CUGAGGCUCGGUAGCCCAGGCCUGGGCCCUUGUUUGCUGGAGUUCUUUCUUCCCUUCCUCCAUUCUGCUGAAAGCGCUUGGCUAUGGCGUGCGCUUUCUCGACUCGACGCCAGGGUUUCUCGUCGCGACAGGGGGCUCGAGCUAGCGCGUGGGGUGUUGGAGGGCUGGAUCGUCUUCGGCGCCGCGAGAGCUCGCUGUUGACUCAAGAAUCGCGGGGAGGAAUGAAAUUUCCAGGUUCUGCUCGAGCAUUGCUUCUUGCCUAGGUGAUCCGGCGGUCCUAGAUCAGCAGUAGGAGUGGUAAUCGUCCAUAUUUCGUGCGCGUCGAUGAUGCUGCAACCCAAGAACUCGCCGUCGAGCGUUGUGGCGGCAGCGCCGGUAGCUCCACAGGUCCCCAGCAGCCCAGCGGCAGCGGGGGAUUUGGUUUGCUUCUCCACACCUCCUCCAGCGGCGGCGGUGCCAUCAACGCCAGCAGCGGCACUAGCAAACAAUGUAGCAAGCACUCCAGCGGCAUCCAGCGGCAACGUCGCGUCCGUUAAGCAGAGGCUCCGAUGGACUCCCGAGCUCCAUGACCGCUUCAUGGAAGCCGUGAACCAGCUUGGUGGCUCUGACAAGGCUACUCCCAAAGGUGUUCUUGGGCUGAUGGGCGUUCAAGGACUCACAAUUUACCACAUCAAAAGUCAUUUACAGAAGUUUCGGCUCGCCAAGUAUCUUCCUGACACUUUGGGCGAUGGUAAGCUACUACGAGUCCUGUCGCCAGAGCUUUGUCUUUACGUUCUUUUUCUUUCUUCUGUGUCACAGGCGAACUCGAGAAAGGGAGGGACCUCGAGGCAGAUUCACGGUACUCUCCUAAAGUUUUUUCCAUUCUUUGCUUGUCUAGUACUAUAUAUUUGUUUUUCCCCGUCCAGUGGCAGGCAACUUAGCGAGGCAUUGCGAAUGCAAAUGGAAGUUCAAAAGCGACUGCAUGAACAGCUCGAGGUGCAAAGACACUUGCAGCUUCGGAUCGAGGCACAGGGGAAAUACCUGCAAAGGAUACUCGAGGAGCAGCAGAAGAUGAACAAGCUCUUGCGUGGCGACGAUGGCCUCCCCCUCUCGCCGAUCAAACUAGACGCGGAUCCAGACCCGGAGCCAGACCCCGCGAUCGACCUCACGGACGACAGUGCAGAGGACGAGGAGCACAAGCCAACAACAGCGGAUGUAAUUCUAGUCGACGAGGAGAAGCUAGCAGGAGGAUCAUUGGCAGCAGCAGCGGUAGACAGUGGAGAAGAACCUCAUGCAAAGAGGAAGAAGGUGGACGAUCUUCAACACUCGCAGCACAAGGACAAUGGCGCGGAGGGCGAUGCGAAGGAGAAUGGCCGCUGACGAGAUAAGCUUCUCUUCCAUCCUUUUUUUUUUCCUUCUCUCGGGCUCCACACAAAACACUGACUCUACUUACAGCGAUUGAAUUUUAACUCUUAAAAGACACAGCGUUGCUAGCAGCAAAAAGUGUACCACUACAUAGAAUAUAUAUCGAAAAGGAGAGAUUGACAAUGUA